AUGGGGAGCGUUGAUCAUCCGGGUAUGCUUAAGCACCUUCUCUCCGAGAACGCACGCCUCAAGGCGCUAGCGGCGCAACCUGAGCACGAGCGUAUCUUGCAGGAUGUGCUGCUAACGCAAUUGCAGCGUUUUUUUUCUGACGCGCGGCAAAGUGUGGAGGACACAGUCGACAAAACAUCUACACCAUGCAGUGAAAGAAGUGAGCGGCGAGAGGGAGCAGCGGGGGAGGAAAGUGGGGUACAGCGGUUUUCUGCCUUGGUGGAAACUCUGUGCAUCUUGGGCACGCAAAAUGAAGAACUCCAACGUCACAUGAGUGACAUGCAAACGAAGACUGUGGCUGCUCUCAACGAGAAGGUGGAGGCACUGGAGAGCGAACGCGGCAGUUUGAAACGCCGUGUGGAGGAGUUGGAACGAGAAGUAGCAGCAAAAGGCACGACUAACACAGCUGAUGAGGAGCUAACACCCCCGUUGAUGGCCGAGCUCCGGUCUCUCCGCACCUCUGAGGAGCUUCUACGCCAACAACUACAAAAUGUUCACGAGCGAGGUGAAGCCGCAGUGGCAGAGUCAGAAAAACUCGCAAAAGACGGGAUCCGGGCUACCAUGCUCCUUCCACGCUUGUUGGAAAGUGUGGAGGAAGUUCGGGGAGCACUCAAGCUCGUCGAAUCUGAGCGGGAUGUGCUUCGGCUCCAAUUGCAAGAACUUAAGGAGCGGCAGAGCGUGCAGCACACCCUCUGCGAGGCGCAGCUACGGGAGCAGGUGGCUUUAAGCCAGUCAAGCGUACAACAUCUCCUCAGCCGCAUCUCCGUAUUGGAAACCCGUGAAGCCCAAGCACGUGACGAGGUAGCAGCGUGCAUGCAGACAAUUGAGCGACAGCAAGGAAUUAUUCAGAAUCUUCAAGCAUGCCAGGGUGUCGCCGUCGAAACCCUGGCCUCAAAGCGGCGACGUCUUGAAAGUGAGAUAUUUGACAACCCGGACUCCGUUCGCCGUGAUCUUGUUACUUUUUGGUGCGAGGGGCGGGAGGAACUUGAGCAACUCCGAGAAGAGGUUCAGAAACUACGUUCUAAGGUGCAGCAACUGAAGCCGCUUAAAGAAAAACUAGGCCAGCUGGAGCGAAACCGCUCCGCAGUGGCAACCAGAAUUGUGGAUCUGGCAGAUGAGGUGAGUCGGGUAAGAGAGGAAAACCAAAAGUUACGUGUGCAAUAUUCAGGUCUGGAAGUAGAGCGUGACUACCUUCGCGGAAGUUUGGCAGCAGUCAUUUCUCAGCAUAUGCAGGAAGAGGAACUGAGUAGUUGUUGCGCGGCUGUGCGUGAGGCCGCCGCGAGGUCGGCGGCCUCUAGUGUGAGCGCGGUUGUCGAUCCCCAAGUGAUACAGCAGACGAUGAGACAGGCGCGCGAGCUGCAAAGCGAGGUGGCACAGCUGGGGAAACAAAAGGAAAAACUGCACAGGUGCAUUAGUCUACGUGAAAAACGCCUUGCGGCUCUCGUGGCACGCGAGGCCGUCCAGUGUCCAGCCGCGGCGGCGCAGGAAGCGAGACCAGCUGUAGAAAAUGGCUCUGUUAUGCAUACAGUUUCGUGGGCGGAGGCGCAUGCCGUUGAUGUUCUUAGUAGUUUGGAGGAGGGCGUCGCUACGGAAAGUGGGUUGCAGCGGCAAGGGGUUCUCGUUGCGAUGCAAACCCGACUUGAUGCUGCAGAGCGAGAGGUAGCGGUGUGCAAGCAGCAGCUGGAGGCGUCCGAUACGGCCCGUGAGGAAGCCGAAGCGCGUUAUUCGGCAGCGCGCGCCGAACUGCAAGCCACACUAAGCGCGCGAGAGACUGCCAUGACGGAGAUGCACCACACCAACACCGUACUGCUGCAGUCGGUUGAGAGACUGCGAUCGGAACAAAAGCAACUCCGCCAAAGUUACUAUGAUUUGGCGGCCUUUACGGAGAACUUGGCCUCAGCUCUCGAAGUAAUGUUACUAUUUGUGCAAGGCGAGACUAAUCUCGCAGCCUCGGUGGGGCGGUUGCUGCUUCAGCACCGGUCGGAGAUUUGUGAGCUGACCCAGCAAGCGGCGGAUGGUUGGGAGAUGCGCAGGGAUGACGUACAGCGUGUGGUGGAAUCUAUUGACCGAAUGUGCGAAUAUGUGAGACAAUCAACGGAACAAAACCAGCGGGAGCAAGCACUCAACAGCGUUACGCAUCUCCGGAGGCUAACAGAUGCUGUGAAACAACAGGAAGGGAGACUGAAGGAGAUGCAAAAAAAUUUUACAGAAGUUUGCCAAAAACUUGGCGAGAGCUUAGCAACCCGGGUUGCAGAAGCGCAACAACAGGCUGAGGGACUGUGGAAGAAGCGGUUGGGGAUGUUGCAGGAGGAACGCCACCGUCUGCAAGGCCAACUCAAGGCGGAAAAGGAUCUCCUCUCCAGAAUGGAAUGCUUGAUGAUACCUGGAGCAAUGACGCAGCCAACCCUCACAGCGGCAGAGGCAACGGUGGCCCACGCUGUCAUUAAUCCCGGCACUGACGCACCUGAAUUACCGGAUCAAGAAAGAAACGAGGUAGUGGACGUAAUAAACCGCCUCCUCGCUGCGGUAUCCCAACCAGCCACCACAGAGGAGGAUGUUCCUAAUCCGCUUCUUCUUCCCGCUGGCCAAUGCAAGCGCGGAGGUAGCGGAGAGUGUGAGGCAGAACUGGUGGAAGAGGAAGGCCAAGGGGGAGAAAGGGGGGAACGCGAUGUGUUAGAAACUGUGUCGGGUAUUACGAAGGUAUAA